GAAAAAAAUUCCAAAUUGAAUUAUGAUUUUUUUCCGGUUCAAUCUUUUCUUUCUUUAGUUAUAUAAAAUCGAGGUGAAAGUGAGAAAGUUUUAUUUGUAUAUAUAAGAUAAGAACAAUAGAAUAAUUCUAUAAUAUAGAAUAAAAAUUACAAGUGGAAUGGAAAACAAAACAGAAAUAAGAUUCGAGUCAAUCACUCUUGAAACGAAACACAUCCCGCAGUAAACAAACGUAACUCGGUUGGUUAGGCGGUUCACUCAAAAUAAAUUGUUGUUUUAACUAAAAGAGUUAGAGUUAUAGAUAAUUUGAGAAUUCCAAUUCGAAUCAACUAAUUCGACAUAUUUUCCACAUUCAUAAGGAGUCCGUCUAUGUUUCUACUUUAUGAAUAUGAUAUUUUUUGCGCAUUUUUAAUAAUAUCAAGUGUUAUUCCUAUUUUAGCAUUUCUAGUUUCCGGAAUUUUAGCUCCGAAUAGCAAAGGACCCGAGAAACUUUCGACUUAUGAAUCAGGUAUAGAACCUAUGGGGGAUGCUUGGUUACAAUUUCGAAUCCAUUAUUAUAUGUUUGCGCUAGUUUUUGUUGUUUUUGAUGUUGAAACCGUUUUUCUUUAUCCAUGGGCAAUGAGUUUUGAUAUAUUGGGUGUAUCCGUAUUUAUAGAAGCUUUAAUUUUCGUGCUUAUCCUAAUUGUUGGUUUAGUUUAUGCAUGGCGAAAGGGAGCAUUGGAAUGGUCUUAAUCCCCGAAUAUUCCGACAAUAAAAAAAAAAAAGAAAAAAAAAAUAAGAUUGAAACAGUUAUGAAUUCCAUUGAGUUUCCACUACUUGAUCGAAUAGCCCAAAAUUCAGUUAUUUCAACUACAUCAAAUGAUCUUUCAAAUUGGUCAAGGCUCUCGAGUUUAUGGCCGCUUCUCUACGGUACCAGUUGUUGCUUCAUUGAAUUUGCUUCAUUAAUAGGCUCGCGAUUCGACUUUGAUCGUUAUGGACUGGUACCCAGAUCGAGCCCUAGACAAGCGGAUCUAAUUUUAACAGCAGGUACCGUAACAAUGAAAAUGGCACCUUCUUUAGUGAGAUUAUAUGAGCAAAUGCCUGAACCAAAAUAUGUUAUUGCUAUGGGAGCAUGUACAAUUACAGGAGGGAUGUUCAGUACCGAUUCUUAUAGUACUGUUCGAGGGGUCGAUAAACUAAUUCCUGUGGAUGUCUAUUUGCCGGGCUGCCCCCCUAAACCAGAAGCAGUUAUAGAUGCUAUAACAAAACUUCGUAAAAAAAUAUCUCGGGAAAUCUAUGAAGAUAGAAUUAAGUCUCAACAGAAGAAUCGAUGUUUUACUAUCAAUCACAAGUUUCGUGUUGAGCGUAGCAUUCAUACCGGCAUA